UCUAUUUGAUGUUUUAGAUAGAAGCAUAUUAAUAUCCAUGGAAAUGUAUGAUCUGUGAUCAUGUAAGUGAGUAUUUUAUUAAAAAAUGUACUCAAUGUCAAACACCUAAAGAAUUCUUUGGCUGUUAAAUGAAUAUCAAUUGUAUUAUUAUCACUUAUUUUAGAUGAAUUGAAUUAUAAAGAGCAUUUCUCUAAUAUAGGAAUCAUUGAAAUAGAAUGUAAUCAAACAAGAGAUAUACAAGAAAUCAUUAAACUUAAAAUUUCAAAGAUUAGGAUUUCUGAUUUUGAUGAAGAUAACAACUAUUCUUAAUCAUUUAUUAUUUAACCUAUAAACUCUAUUACUUAAGAUAAAAAUUAAUAAACAAUUCCAUUCCAAAAAACAUUUUCAUAUUUAGAUAAUAUAGAUCUUAUUAUUUUUGAAAAUAGAAUUAAGGCAUAAAUUUAUCUAAAUUAAUGUAUUAAACUUAAUUUAUAAUGUCCUAUUAAAAAAUAUAUUGAACUUAAAACUGUUUUUCCCUAUUAAAAACCAUAAUUGAACUAAAUUGAAAUGUUAAAGUCUCUCAAAUUAACACAAUAAUGUAUCUAUUUAUUCUAAUUUAUUAAAGCUUAAUAGUUUGCAUUGAAUUCCAUAGUCAUUGAAUUACUCAAAAGAUCUUUUACUUUUUAAUACUAAAUGUUAUAAUCAUUAUAAUUUCCAAUCCCUGAAGAAGAAUCUCGAAUAUAAGGAUUUAAUUAUUUAAUUAUACUAAACUUUUAAACUACAUGCUUUUAAGAUUACUAAAUAAAGUUUAAUCCUGAAAUUAUUGAAUUUUCAGCAUAAUUUUAUGAUAUAAAGUUAAGAAAAGUCACUCAAAUUUAUUAAAAAUUUAUAAAACCAUAAGAAAAUUAAACUAUUAGUGAAUAUUGCACCUAAUAAACAGGUAUCAUAUAAUCUCAAAUAACUAAUGGUGUUUAACUUUAAUUAGCUAUAAAUUAAUUUUAAGAUUUAUUAAGAGAUUUAGGAAGAAUAUGUAUAAUUACUUCAAGUGAUUUUGAAUUAAAUCAUCUUAAAAAGGAAGCUGAAAGAAAAGGAAUUAAGCUUGUUAAAUAUUUUACUUAUUAUAUUAAUCUUAAAAAAGGUUUAUUUUAAUUUUAUAAAUAUAGUAUUUCCAAAAUCAUUAAGAAUAAAGAAUUAUCUCAAAGAUCCAAAUUUGAUGGAAAUGUUAGAAGAUUGUGGACUUCCAUUAUCAGGUAAAUUUUAAAAUGGAAUUGAAAAUGUGAAAAAUAUCACACGUAUUGUUGACCAUUUAAUAAAUAAUGAAAACUUUAGAUUCGAUGAAAGAAUGAUUAUUUAUACAUAUAAAUUGUGA